AUGCCAAGAUCAAGAGGAACAGAAAUGCCGCAAAGGCAAUCUCCCCGAGCAGUACCACUUCAUCUGAGGACAUCAAGCUCUGAAUCUGAUCCACCACAUCAUCGUUCAGCUGAUCGGAGCACAAGAUUGACAGAUGGUCGAUCCCCACGAGGUGCUUAUUCUGAUCCAAUGAACCAAAAGAAACUUGGAACCCGCAUUGCAGAUUUGGAAUCCCAGCUUGGCCAAGCACAGGACGAGCUUAAAAGCCUGAAAGACCAAUUAGCCUCAGCUGAGGCUGCGAAGAAAGCCGCUCAAGAGCAACUCGAGAAGAAAUCGAAGAAACAGAAAAUGGUCUCUGAGCCAGUGGAAAUCCAGGAAAAACACUCUACCCCGGCUCAAGAACAACUCGAGAAGAAAUCUAAGAAACAGCAAAUGGUCCCUGAGCCUGUUGAAGUCCAAGAAAAACACUCCACACCAACUGAAAAUAUAGCAUCAAACAAAAAGGAAGGAACUGUUGCUGUUGUAUUGUCUGAGGAAAACCAGCAGGAAACUGAUGUCUUUGAAGUACCGGUCAAGAAAGUAAGUGUUGAAUCCAAGACUGAACUGAGCCUACCUUCUGAUCAAGAUGAACUCAAACCGAAAGCUGUCAGCUUAUCAAUUGAAUCAGUAACCAUGACAGAGCCAGAAAAGCUAUCAUUUGACGAAGUGGCCUUGAAGAACGAUGAGAUAACCAUAUUAAAGGCCAAACUAGAGGAGAAGGAAAAAGAACUAGAAGUGUUUCGCCAAGAAAACGAAGGCUUAAAAAUCGAGAUAAAUGAGAAGUUGUUGGAACUUUCCUCAGCUCAAUCCAAGGGAGAGGAAAUGACUUUCAGGUUGAAUCAAGCUGAACAAGAGCUGGAAAAGAGCAAAACCAAUGUUCUUCAGUUAAAUGAGAAGCUAGAAACUACGGAAAGAGUGAAAGAAGAAUUACAAGCUGAAAUGAAGAAGCUUCAUAUUCACACCGAGCAAUGGCGAAAAGCAGCUGAUGCUGCAGCAUCAGUUCUAGCUGGUGGUGUGGAAAUGAAUGGCAGAAGGCUCUCCGAGAGGUGUGGAUCAAUGGACAAAAACUAUGGUAAUGUGUUCGAACCUGUUGGCGGAUAUGCCGGUUAUGUGGGUUCACCUGGGCUAAUUGAUGACCCGGACGAUGUUUUUGGGAGCGGAAAGAGGAAAGGUUCUGGCAUUAGAAUGUUUGGAGACCUGUGGAAAAAGAAGGGCAACAAAUAG